AUAAUAUACUCUAUCUAGGUAAACACAACUUCUUUAUUAUACUUCAUUGCUAGUAUGGUUGACAUUUUACAGAAAUUCAAAUGAAACAAAACGUUAGAAAGAAGAAUAAGGCUAAAUAACUGAGAAAUAAUACAAAACACAAUUGGUUUCACAAAUCUGGAAGAUACUAAUUAUAUAUAUAACCUUACAUUGUAUUACAACAUUCAAAGCGAAUAUUUAUCAUCAUUAUUAUCUUCCAAAGUGUAUAUUCUACACACAGAAGAUUAUGUUGCAUGCGCAUCAAAAUAAUAUUGUCAAUAUAAGCAGAUUGUAUUGUAUGUUUAAUAAGAUAAUAACAGAAGAUAUAUCUCUCUGUUGAUUGCUUCAAUUUCUUCAAUUCACAGUAUAUGCUUUCAUCAGUAUACACAUAAUAUCUAUAUUUUUUUUACUCCGAUAUGCUAAUCUAUCCUCAAGCUGAAAUAAUGCCGUGUUUUCAUGUCAAUAUCUACAUCAACACGUGUUCUAGCCUCGUUACUGUGAUGCUGUUAACAAAUUGGAUGCAUCUUUCCUUUUUUCAGCUGAAGAAAUAGUAACAGAAAAGAAAGAAAAAAAAGCAAAUCUCAUCUUUUAUCAUUUAUUUAGAGUAAAAGAAGAAAAAGUCGGAGAUUAGGGAUUAUUUUAAGAAAAAAAACAACUGUAUAUUUUAACAGUCACAUGAAAAAUAAAUGAAAGACGCAUGAAUGCAAGACAGAAAAACAUGGUUUCCUUAUCCUUCUCUUCAAUGUGGAUAUUUCUCUAUCUUAUUCUAUUAUUAGGUCAAACAGUUUCUUCUGCUUCCUCGUCAUCAUCAUCCCACUUUGUUGAUCAAUCUGGUCCGUGUACACCAGAAGAAGAGGCAGACAAACUACAAUGUUUACGGGAAUUACCAGCAGAACGAUAUGAAGUCCUUGAAGGUGAAACAGUUUUAAUGAGGUGCCGGGUUGCACAUCAACGAGGCAAAGCACAAUGGCGUGCUAGAAACUUCUUACUAGGCUAUAAAAGAAAUAUUCCUGACUGGCCACGAUAUUCCAUGCAAGGUGACUCUGAGCAAGGAGUACACGAUUUAUUAAUUCACAAUGUUAGUCGAGAAGAUGCUGGAGUAUUCGAGUGUCAAGUUUCACCUGUUGCUGGACAAAACCCACUUCGGCGUCAAACACUGUUGGUCAUAUUAGUGAAACCAACACCGCCAAAGAUUUUAACCUUACCUGGUGUACCUCAACCUUCUGCCAGUGGUCAGCUGGUUGUGGCUUUUGACUCUAAUGAAGCUAACUCAGCCAAUAGCAGUUCAUUAAAACUCAUCUGUCAAGCUAAAGGUGGUUAUCCUACUCCAAAAUUUGAAUGGUUUCACAAUGGUAAUCUUAUAUCAACAUCAAAUGAUAAUUUGGAGGAUGAAAAUGAUAAAAAUGAUUCUCGAGAAGUAAACAAAGACAAGUUCGAGCUGGAAAUCGACAAAAGAAGGCUGGCCACACGAGAUCGACUUGUAUGCUUGGUUAGCAAUAAAGCGACAUUACGUUCAAAUCAUUUAUAUGAACAGAAACUAAGAGCGGAGAUAAUGAUUGUAAUUCAAUCUCUACCAGGCGAUCCUGAAAUUAUUGAUUGGGAUAAAUCUAUGAAUGAAUCAGACGGUCUCUAUGUUGGCUCAGCGUUGGAGGCUACAUGCAGAGUGAAUCCACCUGGAAAUCCUCCUGGCAUAGUUAUAUGGCGAUUCGAAAGUCCUAACUCACCUUUACAGACUGAUGAAUUCAAACUUUUUGGAGGCGAUCCAGCGAAAUCAACUAUCAACAAUGUUAUCCCCAUUUCCAACGAAAAUGUAAUCAAUCAAAUUACCGAUGAGAAGAUUCUUAGUAGAGUUAGAAUUUCCAAUCUUAAUUCUACUAUGCAUGGAUUAGAUUUGAUUUGUGCGGUUAGAAAUCAAGUUGGUCCUGAAAAAACUACAAAGAAACGAAUUCAGAUACGUCAUGGUCCAUCAUAUGUGGAUAUUUAUGGUCCAUAUGAAAGAAUGAUUGAACUUAAACAAAGAGUGAAUGAUUAUAAUAAACUAAGACUGACAAACAAUCGAACCACUUUAGUCAGCUUUAAUAAACAAAGUCUAUACGUGUACCUAGAUAGGCCACAAUAUUUACUCUGUGUCACAGGUGUUUAUUAUGGACAAACAGAAAUGAAAUGGCAAGGAAAAUUACACAAUAGCGAACAAUGGGAAUUAAUUGCUCCACUGGAGUCUUUUAUACGCAAUGAACCAGAUGAAUUGAAUCAAUUCAAUCUUAUUCAAGCAUCAAUAAUACAAUUAGUUUCGACGAAUACAAAAAGAAAUAGCCUAGCCUGGAGUGAGGUGGAAUGCAUUGCUAGACCAGAUUUUUUCAAAAAAGAAAAUGAUAAAUUAAUAUCAAAGCAUGUCAACCUAGAAAUAUACGAACUUCCAAGUGUUCCCGUAGUCACAGGUCAAAAAGGAGGAGUCCUACUGCUUGAAGGCACUACUUUAUCACUCCACUGUACAGCAAAGCAAGGAAAUCCACCAGGAAAGCUAAUUUGGACCCAAGCACUCAAAGGUAAUAAUGAAAGUGAGGUAAUCGAUGAAUCGAUUACUAUUCAACAGAAUCAAUCAAAGAAAUAUUCUGAUGGUAUGCUUUUUUCAACUCUAAAUAUUAACCUUACAAAACUACAUGAUGGAGCUAUUUACAAAUGUGGUGCUAUGAAUCCCGGUUAUCCGUUUACAAGUACACAGUUCAGCUCACCAAUCCAAAUCGGAGUUGCUUAUUCAGCUACAGCAUUAAAUAUAAGUGUCAUAAGUGGAACAGGCCAGAUGACUGAAAGUUCAAAUAUACGCGAAGAACUUCGAAAGUUAUUAAGUCAUUACAAGGUGAAAUAUAAUAACAUACAGAUUCCUGUUAUUCAAUCAAAUACAGGCUCUACUCUUAAGUUGUUGUGUCAAGUUGAAAUGUCAAAUCCAAAGCCUAAAUUAGAAUGGCGACUUCAUCAUUGUCCACCAGUUCAGUUUUCAUCACUAGUAAAAAGAGUGAAUGAUACAAUUAGUGGGAUGAAACCACCGAAGGAUCCAUAUGAUGCUUUUUUUAAAAGCUGUCAGUCUAUCCAGUUAACUGGAAGUCGAUUAGAAGAAACCUUUUCAGAUUCAGUCCAAAACAUUAUUUUAAGCAGUUAUUUAGAAAUUCCUGUAAAUAUAUCACAUGAUGGAGAUUUAGUUGAAUGUCUAAUACGAAAAUAUCCCACAGAAUAUUCCAAUGAUUCUGUAAAUUUCCAAUCACCAUUUGAAAAGCAUGAAACAUCAAAAUCUGAUUUUCAAAAUAAACAUUUUCAAACUCUCACUUUACUAAGCUCACAAAUUCUGCUUUCUAUUCAGUUUCCGCCAAUAUUUUUGAACCCAGCUAAACAGUUGAAUUGGCCAAUGGAAUUUAUUACAGAAAAUACCGAACAAAGUGCUAUACCACACUACAUUGUAGUGGAAGGUGGAUCACUUGAUUUAGAUUUAGAGCCUAUUUCAAAUCCUUCCUUAAGUAAAUCCUCUUGGUUCCGGAAUGGGACUCCACUUCCUAUAUCACAUGUCACUCGUAGUAUGUCAAAAAAUGAAAAGGACUCUGAAAGUCUUGAAUCGUCUAUCAUAGAAGAAGAUACUAACAAACGUAUUGUUGUAAAUCCUACAAGAAUAAUUAUCCAUCCUGUUAAACGUUCCGAUAUGGCCAACUAUACGUUGAUUGCUACCAAUGCAUUAGGAAGUAAUGAGUUCACAUUUUUUCUGAAUGUUACUUAUGGCCCUCAGUUGAUUGGUCCAGCUUCAAUAAAUGUUACUGUGACUGGCAAAAAAGCUGAGUUAAUUUGUCAGUCAGAAGCCAAUCCAACACCAACUAUUAAUGCUGUCCGUUGGAGACGUUUGACUAACACGUUAUUCGGUGCAGAAUCAUUGGAAAAUCUCUAUAAAACUUCAAUUACUCAAACAACUUCUUCCUCAAGAAACCACUUUUCUCAGGCUGACUCAGCUGCUGGUAUUCAAUGUACUAAGGGUGAAUGGUAUAGUGGAUUUAAAUACUACGCAAAAUGUUGGUGCUCAUCGCCAGGAAUAAUGACUAGUACACUAACAAUUUACGAUUUGAGUCCAAAUGAUGUUGGCCGGUAUCAAUGUCACAUGGAUAAUGGUAUAGGAUCUCCAGCUGUUCGUACAAUUGAUCUUACUUAUCCGUUUGAACCACGAAUCGUCCCAGUAACAAGAUGGUCAAGAGCUGCAUCAAAUAUGAUUUUGACAAAGAAUAAAACCACCACAGCUAUCCAAUCACAUCAAGUUCCCGAUCAAAUAAGCUCUAUUUUAAGUGGUCCUCAUGCACGGUUAACAUGCGUCAUUGCAGCAGAACCUAUGCCAGAAGUACAAUGGUUACGUGAACCAGCAAAUUUAACGCUAAUUGAAGGUGGUCAAUUCCGUUCAAUUGUUAAACCAAUUAGACCAGGUCUAUAUCAUGCAAUAUUGUAUUUAAUCCAACCACAAGAUGUCGAUUUAGGGAGAUAUUUUUGUAAAGCAAAGAAUUUAGUCGGUGAAGAUACUGGUCGCGUGGAUUUAAUACGUCCAGUUCAACCAGAUGUACCCAGCUCUCCACGUUUAAUCAAUGCAACCAGUUCAAGUUUAGCAGUAUCAUGGACACAAGGAUUCAAUGGUGGUCCUGAACAAACAUUUCUAUUACAAUGGCAUGCAAAUGAAGAGCCAGAUUACUAUAAUAAAGCGAAUAUUAAGGAAGAUCUAGAUAAUGAAGUAUUGACCUACAAUAUAAUGGGUCUUCAAAAAGCAACAACAUAUCGUGUAUCAGUUGGUGCUUAUAAUAUAUUGUCUACUGCAACAUCUUUUACACCUUAUCUCUUGGCGUCCACAACUGCAUUUGAUUCAGUAUCAGAUGAAGAGGCGAUGAGAGAUGAAGCUAAAGCCAAAUCAUCACAGAAAGAUGUACAAAAAGGACAUUGGGAUACUAAAUGGUUGAUGAAUUCUAAAGACUCUGGAAAUCCUGCAAAUCCAGACUCACAAAGACGAUCAGUUAGAUCUGGUCAUGAAUUAAAUUCUUCAGAGGACAAUGCAUUUGUGAUAAUUACAGCAGUAUCUGUGUUCGGCUCAUUUAUCUUAAUUGCAAAUCUAUUGAUUAUACUUAUAUUUACAAGAAAUAAGCGCCAAAAAUUAAAACGACAAGAGCGCAAGGCUUCUGCUUCAGGAGAGCUGAUGCAAAUAUACCCAAUGGAAAAUGGAUAUCCAGAGAUACACACUAAUCCGCAAACUAACUUUUCAAUGUAUCCAGAUGAAAUGCGUCUAAAUGGCAGUUACAUGUUGCAAGCGAAUCCACAAGAUCAGUUUUCACCUUUUCAAAAUGGAUGGGAGCAAAUACCUUUGAACAUAUGUGCAGAUCAAACAUCAUCGAUAAUGAGAGGAAAUCAAAUGUUUACAAACUCCCCUCACUCUAGCAUGAAAGCUAUGAACAUGCAAAACUUUAAUUCUCCAAAUCAUAUUGAAUUUAACAAUCGACCUCCUAGUGAUAUAUCAAUCCAACACUCAUCAGUCUUCAUGAAUAAUCCAGACCCUAACACACUAGCAUAUUUAAACCCAGAUGCUUCAGCAAUGGAAGCUAUCCAGAAUAUGCAAGAUUAUCAUGAUUGUCCAGAAUUUAUGCAAACCAAUUUUUCAAAUAAUACCUCACCUUUUAACUAUGAUAUGGAUCAUAUUCCUAGAAAUACUGAGCGUCCAACUCCUACCCAUCCACGAGUUGUAAGUGUUGGAAGAACCUUAACAGACAGAAGCAACAGAAAUCGUUCUCCGCAUUCUGGAGCUGCUUCUAGUGUUUCAACUAUUAGAUCAAAUGGACACGGUAAUACUAACAGUUUAGAAAGAAAUAUCUCAACUUUUCAACGAUCACAUCAUACAAAUUUGCUUGGUGAUUAUAGACAACUUGGCGUUGGCUUGACAUUACCAAAUGGUGGCUUAGGUCCAAAUAUAUUGACCCCAAGUCCUCAUCAGAAUGCAAAUUCAAGGAAUUUUCAGAGUUCACCAAGUAAUUGGAUACAACAGAGUGGGAUGACUACCAGCUUUCAUGGAGCUCGAACACCAUCAUGGAGACAUUACCCAAACUCUCUUGGAAAUGGUAAAUUUGGUUUCUUGUUUAACAUAUAUGUAUGACUCAGUACUUAACCUCACUUAGCCGAUAAUAAACCUGGUAAAGAGAGAAGGCUGAGGGAGAGGCUAGCAAUCUCACCCCCUAAGACAUAAACAUUGAUUCCAGAUAAACUUAAAAGAUAAAGCUUGAAGUUCUGUAUUCUACCACAAACUCGAAAUACUAAACAAGCAGAAAAUUAGUAAGUUUAAUGAAACAAUAUAAGUUAAAUGGAUAGUUGUACUACAGUGUUACAUUUCGAGAGUCAGUUUAUGCAUUAAGAAAUCAUUACGAUAUAAAUGGUAAAGAAGUCAAUCACUCUUGCUACAGACUUUGGAAUCACGAUAUUUCAUUGAAUUUUGGUCAUUCAUCAGUAUUUAGCAGAACGAGUGAAGAUAGAAGGUGUGUAUAAUUAAUUUUAUGCAAAAAUAAAAUCAAAAACACCAUAGCAUAGUCGGCUGUCUCAUGUCAGUAAAUUUCAAUAGUUGCUUAAAAAUUUCUUUUAAAGCCUCAGUUGGUUGUAAUAUCGCGUGAAAAAAGCAGUCGUUUGAAUUUUACCCUGACCCAGGUUUUGUUCUAGCACUGGUUCUUCAAGUAACUCACAAAUUAAGUAAGGAAAAGAUUUACAGACCAGUUAUCAGUUCAAAAAUAGUAAAAGUGUCACACAUUUAUUUGAUUUACACAGUAAAACACAUUUUCAGUAUAAUAUUUUCCUCACCCAUUAUUAUUAUUCUGAUGAGGUGGUUUCAAAGACUAGUUCGUCAUGAUAUUUCUUCUGACAGUACAUUAAAGUUUUUAUGGAAAAGAACUACAAACAAAUCGGUUAGUGGUAUGCAUGACUUGAAGACUAAGUUGUUUUGGUUAGGCAAGACUAAUUGAGAUAAUAGGUAAGCAUAGUCAUUUAAGUGCCUACUACUAUUGAGCAGUGGUUCAAGUCGACAUGUUUCACAUUUGCAUACAAAGCAAAAGUAAAGAAAAUGCCAAUCCAAAGAGAAUGAUACAAUAAAAGUUUUCAAAGUGUUGAUAAAGGAUGGAAAAUGCGUAUAGUAGAUCAACUCAUAAAACUACAAAAUUAAGAAUUCAAUCUUAAAUGGAGUUACUGUUAUUAGGAUACUGACAAAUUAAGCAUUCAUAAAAAGUAAAGUCCUACGCUUAUCUCAAUUAUAUACAUUUAUUUAUUUUUACUAUAACUAUUAUCAUUUUCAGAAGAAUAUGGCUCAUCU